GUCGUACAUUAUAUUGGCUCCAAAUCAAGUCAGACCUGACGAGGAUGUUAAAAUUAGCGUGUCGAUUUUGAGGAUGAUUUAUCCACAGAUUACGAUGCGACUUGCCAUCAAAAAGGGUGUUAUGGAACUGAUCUCAACUUCGUCAGUAUUUUUAGCCACUGGAACCCGGGUCCUUCAUAUGAGAGUUCCCAACCAAGCCUCUCCUGGUGAAUAUUGGUUGCAUCUUGACGGCUCCAUAACCGCCAACAGCUCCUUGCUCUUUCAAAACCGUACAAUGAUAGGGCUUAAUCCUAAGACGGUUUCUCUUAUUAUCCAAACAAGCAAGCCAAUUUACCACCAAAAUCAAAUCGUUCGAUUUCGGGUUGUACCUGUACAGCCGGACCUUAUGCUAUGGUUUGGCUCGCUUGUUUCCGUGGAAGUCGCGGACUCCUCGAAUAAUGUCUUUAAGCGGUGGCUGAAUCCCAUGACAAAUAUUGGAGGCAUUAUCGAACUCGAUUUUGCUCUGGCCGAUCAAGUAAAUGAAGGUGAAUGGAAGAUAAUGGCUCGGCAUGAAAAAUAUGUUGCUGAAAAGACAUUUCAUGUCGUUGAAUACUGGGCAGCACUGUGGGAUGUUAAUGUGACAAUGCUUCCUCGGUAUUCUGAUGAAGAUUUCGCCCUUACUGGGCUGAUUCAGGCUAAUUACACUAGUGGAAAGUACGUCCGUGGAAACGCUACUGUGGUCAUUGAAAUGCGAGAACGCGGACCCGAUAUGUGGGCCAAGCCCCCCGUCGGUACCCUGACACGCACAAUUUCCCAGAUGGAUGGCCACGGUGAUUUUAUUGUGCCAUUCUCCGAGCUUCGAUCACUUCUUACGAGCAGUACUGGCGGAACACAACCUUCACUCGCUAAUAUGGAUGUCUGGGCGAACGUUUCAGUAACUAACUGGUGGGAAGGUGAGACAAGAGGCGGAUGGGCCUUCACUCAGAUUUUCUCUGCUAAUUCAAACAUCAAAUUUCUCGGUGGAGAUGUUCGGUCGUAUAAGCCAGGAAUGUACUUCACAGCUUACAUGGUAAUAUUCACAGCGGACGGCCAGCAACCGCUGUACAUCGGUAACCGAAGGGUCCGUCUGUCGAUAACCUGCGCGGAAGGACCUGAACUGAGGACAGUUCUCCUGCCAAUCCCUGACGACGCACUCAUCCAGUACACAUUCCGCCCCAAGGCCGACGACACCUGCACCAGUCUGCGUAUGCAGGUCGGCCAAUACAUGGUUUUGAAUGUGGAAACGAACUAUCCGGUCGACACAAUUCACUAUCUGGUAGCAGCCGGUGGGAACAUAAUAACCUCUGAUCGUCUUUCAAUGCCCAGUUCAGUCACCUUCCGGUCAUUUUCAAUUGCGGUUUCCAAAAUGAUGGCUCCAGUUUGUCGGAUAUUGGCGUUCUGCGUUAAAAAUGAUGGCGAAAUUAUAGCCGACAGUCUGACGUUCUUCACAAACUACAGCCGAAUAAACAAUGUGCACAUCCAGGUGAAUAGGGGGAAAGAUUUGAACUUGGACACCGUGGAAAUCAAAGGUCGAGCUACUCCGGGCUCCUACUUGGCUGUAAAUGUCCUUCAUGCCGAUCUCUUCCGAUUUGACAGCCCCUCGUUCAUUCAAGAAAACGAUGUCGUUGACGAGAUGUUUACGUAUGAAGCGCAUGCACAGACGCCAUACAGGUUCACAUGGUACAACAGUGUAAGCCAGGUAGACAGGGUCUACGUUCCCACCCCGACUUACGGUGCUGACACCAACUCUACAAUCCAGAAAUCCGGACUUGUGAUGUUCACUGAUGCCAAUUUUACCAAGGCCAACUUUUACCACACGUGCAACGAGACUGAGAAUCCGGCCAGAGCCUUUCCGUGCUACGCCACGACGGGUCGCGAGUGCUACUCGCGCGCGGAGCGGUGCGACGGCGUCAACCAGUGCGUCAAUUGGGCCGACGAGGCCGACUGCCCCGAGAACGCCACCGUCUUCGCUCCUCCCAAGAUGCGACAACUGGGCUCCUUCGAAAUGCUCUACCGCAAUUGGAACGAUGGUGGUUGGAUGUGGCACAGCACCCUGGUUAAGCCAGAUGGCGAGAUCCAGUUUCGAGUGCCCCUUCCAAAGAUGGAGGCUGGCUGGGUUGCUGGAGCCUUUGCUAUGGACUCCUCAGAUGGCCUCGCACUAAUGCAAACACCGCACAGAUUCGAUGGGGCUCGGCGCUUCUACUUUACCCUCGAAGUGCCCGAGGUGGGCUUCUGGGGCGAGCAGUUUGGAGUGCGCAUCUGCCUUUUCAACUACUGGAACUACUUCCUCGAGGCGCUGGUGCGAGUAAACGCGGAUCCAGAUAUUGGAGUGAUUAGAGUGCCUUACGGCGGGCUAACGACUGCAUGGGCGCCGCCGUACUCUGUCAACGAAACGGUGGAAACCCUUGUUUACCUGGACGCUGGCGAGUCCAAGUACGUCUACAUGCCAGUGCUACCCAGAAACACAGGAAACAAUUCUUUCACGAUUUGCGCCUUCUCCUUCCUUGGCGCAAACUGUGAGACACGAUCCAUCUUCGUCCAGAUGAAUGGCAUUCCAAAUUACUUCCACACAGCUCGAUUCAUCGACCUCACCAGUUCCAGUCAGAUGUUCGUCAACAACUUUCGAGUGAUUGUUCCGGAGAAGUUCACCGUACCCGAGCAGCGUGCACACCGCUACAUUCCUGGCUCACAAAAGGGCAUCGUCAGCGUUACUGGUGACGUAAUCGGCCCAGCACUGAGUCGGAAUUUCGAAUACGCGGACACUGAAAACACGCUGCGCCUCUCCUACGGCGCGGCUGAAAAUGUAUUCUUCGAGCUCGGAUUCAACCUCCAAUUGCUGUUUUAUCUUCGCGGGGCUGGGUAUCUACCUAAUGACGUAAUGCUCGGCGGUGUCAACUACUGCUCAGUUGUCCUUCAACGGGGUUUCACCUACUUCGACAAUGCAACAGGAGCCUUUUCCAAUUUCCGGGACCACAUGGAUGGGCCCCACGCCCUUCCGACUGCCUUUGCCAUCUGGAAUAUGCUUCUUGCCCGUCUCACCGAAUGGGAACGUUGGAUUUUUGUCGAGGACGAGACAUUUGUCCGCGCGAUCACCUUUCUUCUCGAAACGCAAGUCAACGUGACCUCUGGUGUUGAUUCCCGUCUCGUUGGGAGUUGGCCAGUGACGAUGGUAGUUGACCGCCGAUUCAUGCCUCCCGUCAAUGCAACACGCUGGCCAGACCCAAUAGACCAAGAGGCCCACAGACGUCUCCCUACGGCCGCCAUGGUUGUCAUCAGUUUGCGAGGGUCUGGACAAACCCCUCCAAGUGGACUCGCAGCAGAACGAGCAACCAUCGUAGUAAACCUUGCUGUGGAGUUCAUCCGAAUGCAUGUGCUUAACGUGGAGGAUUUGUUCGCGAAAAUUAUCGCAACAUAUGCGCUUCAAGUGGCUGCCGGAGCGAAUGCCCAGAAUGAACUUACUCAAGCGAUGAACCAAAUCGAGGCCCGUCACCUGAAGGCAGACCACGUGUACUAUGCAAACUACCCCAUUCCUGCGCCCCUGUGGGAAAUCGACCAGGCUGGACGACGCAUCGAGAACCCACGAGGGGAGUGGCCGAACGACGGCUACGGCGUGGCAUGUUCCGCCCUCGUCUUUCUAAUCAAGCUUGAGACAAACGCCUGGACGCCAGCCGUCGAUGAGGCUCUCGACAUGGUCAACUGGCUCACCAGCCAAAGAAAUCACGUUUCCGGUUUCACCAGCACAUUUGAUUCCCUGAUGGCCUUGUUUGCUCUUCGCAAGUUCGCCCUGGCCGACAAAAACCGUGCACUGUACAAAAUGGCCGUGAACCAGAAGAUAAGUUCACUUAAACGGUGGGAACCUAUGAUAUGGAUUAUCCCCGACAAUUAUUCAACCCUCACACAGACAGUGUAUCCGCCACGCUCGGUUUGGGGAGAAGUGACGAUGAUGGUUGAGGGGACAGGUCUUCUCACCCUUCAAAUGGACGUCAGUUACAAUGUCGAGUUCCCCGAUAUCCAGCGGGAACCUCGGAACCCCACAAAAUUCCUCGAAAUCUUCCCCAGUUUUGACAUCGAGUGCACUCCCGCAUUCACUGGCAGAAACAACUCACACAUGCUCAUGUCCGUUUGCGGAAGCUGGACCGGGAAUCAUCCUCUGGAGCCGGCCAACGAGAGUGGAAUGGCGGUCUUCGAAGUUCGCGUUCCAACGGGCUACGUGGUGUUGAACGACGAGCUGCGCAAUUACGUGAGAAGCGGCAGGGUGCCUCGUCUGAAGUACGCUCGCUUCCGCCCACACUACGUGCAUUUUUUCUUCGACAAGUUAACUACAGAAAGGACGUGUGUAGAAUUCAACGCUUCUCGCUUCUACCCAGUGUCAAACAUGAGCGAUCAUCAAGUCUGUCUUGCUUACGAAUACUAUGAACCUGGUCGAUAUAAUAACAGCAUGUACGAAGUGAUCUCCUUGUAUACGAACACGAUUUGCAGUGUUUGUGGCUCCUUCCAGUGCCCCUAUUGUCCAGACUACAACGCCGUCGCCUGUAAAGAACUCAAUAUAUCCCUCCUUUUAUUGAUCUUUACAAUAACAAUCCGGCAUUUACAACUGAUUUUUCUACCGCAUUUUCCAUGUAUGCAAACAGUGUGA